AUGACUCAAAUCUCAGGUACAGGUCUGAUUGAGGAUGUUAUUGAGCGGUACCUACCGCAAGACCUUCCUCAACCUGCUCAAACCAUGUUGUGCAUUGAAGCUCCGCGCAACGUCAACGUGGGGGAGCUUAACGGACAACUGUCUCGGGUCAACAACAAGUUUGACUCCGAGAUGAAGAAAAACAAGGAGCUAAAUCGCCUCCAUAAGGUUGCACUAACUCAGAUCUCGGGUGCAGGUCAGAUUGAAGACAUGGACAUGCCUCAACUUGAACAUUUUAAGGCGGCCCUAGAAGAACUCCAGAGGAAGAUCCGAUUAUAUUAUGAUGGAAUCGUAAAUGAGGGUGCUGUUACUGGAGCAUGA